GCCUCGGAGGCGGACUCUUUCUCCAGUGCUUCGAAUAUUAGCUUUUUGAGCCAUGCUAGCGCUUCACCGAUGAUAUACAAAGGAGUGGGAGGAGUUGGUAUGUUUCUAUGACGAAGUGAAGCUUACGCGAUGCUAUGGAUACAACGUUUUAUCAGGGAAUAUGCCAGGACCUCUGAAACGCAGAAAGACCCUGGGACUUAAUACUCGUUUUGAUCGGAUGCUUGCCCAAGUGCACGUCACACAUUCAUACAGUUCUGACCCUACAACACAUCGAAAGCGCGCACGUUCCUCCGGGUCUUCUUCCGUCAGCAGCUAUGAUCUCCCCAAGACGCCUGUAGACGCAUAUAGCCACGAAGGUAGACUUGGAAGGGAUUUUUCUGUAUUGAAGAUGAACAAAAGGCCGUUGAAAUCUCCUAUAGUACAGCGCGAACUCAAAGCAUAUAGAAAGGGUUCUCGAGGGCAGGCACCGGCAAAGGCCCUACCCUUGUGGCUCGCUAGUACGUUCAGCGUCUUGGAGCCUGAGCAUCCGCUUCGAGAGUUGCUUCCACCUUUUGCUAUUCACGAAGACGAGAUGGCGGCCAGAACUCGAAACGAUUCACCUCGACCCUGUUCUCAAGAGGCCAGUACAGAUCGCAUGUUUGCAUUCUUACCGUUUGACGCCGACGCACCGGAAAAUGAUGAUACAUCUCAUCAAAAAUCGCGCCUACCGUCUGCUGACUGUACCUUCUGUGACGAUGGGUUGCUACCUUGUGAACCGACGACUGUCAACGCGGAGAUACAUGCAUUCCAUUUCGGAGAAGACACCCCUGGGUUUCGUCCAUUUUCCACUCCUGGCUCGUUGGCCGUUUUACAAUACAGCGGCGUUUCAAAUGCUCCACCGAUCUUAGACCGCUUGUCAGAAUUAAAGCAGAUCUCCGCGCACAUCAACACACCACUUUUGUCUAGCGACGCAAGUGUCAAUCACGCCAAGUUCACAUCACCCUCUGUAAUUCGUCGAACUACGCCAGAGUCGGAAACUUUCCUGUCCUCCUUACGCCGCCGAUCGUCUAUUGCUUUCAGCGCUCUUGCUCCUAACACACUGACGUCUGACUUGCAAGAGAACGAGCUGACGAUGAAUAUAUUUUCUACCCCUGGACCGGCAUUUACCGUCUCUCGACCAGUGUACUUCGAUUCCCCAACUGAAGACCCAUCACUGUCUGACCCUCUGGAGCCAGAAUCGUACGAGCUUGACUUGGACGGCCUUGAUUUCCACUGGCAGCCAUUCUUCAGAAAAACCUUGCCUGAUCCUAGCUUGACCAACCAGCAAACUCCUAACAUCCGUGCAUCAGCCGCGUUUCCUCCCGUCUUUGAAGAGCCCGAUGGCCCUUUACCGGAUUUGCCUCAUUCUUUCCGCAGUGUCGCUGACGAACAAGCAACAAUCAAUGAAGCACCUGACGUGCGCAUAGAAUGCGGCCUUCUUGAGGGGUCCUUUCGCGGUUCACCUGUAUCCGGACAUGUCAUCCAACAAUCCCCAUCUCCUCAGUUGAAUGACCAAAGCGGAACAGGGGUCUUCGCUCCAGCCUCGGGAAUUUUUAUUUCACCGCUUCGGGGUGCACCAUCAUCCCCUGCGGUCCCUGGCAUGGCAGAUGUAGAAAAAGAGCAGGUAAAAACGCAGGAGCCGAUGCUUUCCGCAGACCGCAUAACACCAUGCAUUCCGGAGAGCCACGAGCAACCUUUCACACCCCCGCGCCCAACUCAAGCAUCACAACCAGCAACACCGAAGAAAGAACGUUCAAGCCAAACGCGCAGUACCCAGCACCCGCCUCGGCAAGAACAAAGAUCGACUGUCUCAUGGAUGUUAUCGCGUCGAUCGCUUUCAGGGAGAGGCGGCGUUGGCCUUGAGGAAAUUGAAGGAUUGUUUUCGCAGCAUUCAGACACUAGUCAUGACACGAUUGAAUCGUGGACGGAUCAUCAUUAACGAAUCUUGAGCAUUCCAGACCUGCUUAUCCAUUACCAGUAUAACGAUUCCUUCUCUAAGUUACAAAUCGACAUGAGGUAUUAAAUGAAACGAAAGCAUUGCGAAGGUAUAUAAGUAAAAAUAAGGAAUCAACGUUGGAGAGUUACCACACAACUUCAGUUCCGUCAAACGGUGCGAUGAUAACCCCACGUUCUCCCCGUGACUUUCGAAGUUUAUAUCGCUCUAGAGUAUAUAUCUCAUAUGA